CGGCUUUGUAAAGCAGCGGAGACCUCAGCGCGUGAGCUAGUGCGUCACGAAGACCCCGAGCAGCCCGGCACUUCAUUUACAAGAGCUGAAUUAAAACGACGCAACGGGAUUUCUAACAAAAAAAUAAAGUCCAUCAGGCGCAAUUCUACAUCCUGGAUUUUAGCGCCUUUUGACAUUAUGCGCACUUUUCCGUGACAGCGUUUUGUAUGCCAUAAUUUUACACAACUGACUUUUUUCACCCAAGUUUUUGGAUCCAUAUAUACAUAUAUACUGUGUGUAUAUAUAUAAAACUUGAACUGCUAACUUUCACCAAAGAGGUCGGAAGCAUGAAAUCAGCAGAUGAAGAAACAUACAGCUACACACCAAACAUCAGCCUAUCCCUUUCAAUGAGAAGCCCUUGCCUUCCGACCCAGUACCACAACCUUCAGACCAGUCCCUCCAUCUCAGUUUCUGUCAGCCAACCUUCAUCAUUUUCCCCAAGUGAAGACAUGGGCUCGAUGGGAUACUACCAGUCAUCUGGCCCCAAUGGAGCGCCUGCUCUGGAAAGUCCACGGAUCGAGAUCACAGCUUAUGGUCAGUUCCCUGAAGAUGAGGUGGAAGAGAACAAUGCACCUGUAGCUAAGCGUGUCAACUCCGUUGUGACUUUAACAUUGCCCAGUGGUGAGGGUUACCGUGACCCCAGCUGCCUGAGCCCAGCUAGCAGCAUUUCAUCGCGUAGUUGCCACUCUGAGGCUUCAUCAUAUGAGUCAGGCUACUCAUGCAAUUAUGACAACUCACCACAGAACUCUCCAUGGCAAUCACCAUGUGUCUCACCCAAAGGUUCCUCUUCAUUGCUGUCUGGAACGCUGGGUACCUCACCUCGCCAAUCUCCUACUGGUUCUCCCCGCACCAGUGUGACUGAGGAAAGCUGGAUGGCACUUCGUGGCUCCCGCUCCAACUCCCCUUGUGCUGGGAAACGGAAGUACAGCUUUAGUGGCAACCCCUCUCAAAAAUACCAUCCAUAUUCACCUAACCAGUCACCAGGGCUGUCUCCACAAACCUCACCUCGCCUCAGCAUGACUGAAGACACAUGGCUGCCCAACACAAACCAGUACACCAAUUCUGCCAUUGUGGCAGCCAUUAAUGCUCUCAGCACAGAUGGAAUGACUGAUAUUGGAGAGGGGAUUCCACUCAAGACCAGGAAAACCAGCAUGGAGCAUAGUACUAGCGUGAGCCUGAAGAUUGAGCCUGGAGGUGAAGAGACAGGCUCCGCAGAACUCUCUCAUGAGGACUACUCCUCAUCACGCCUAGCAUUUAAAAAGGAGGGCUACACUAGCUUUCUCGAUGUACCUCAUCAUCCAUAUUGGUCUAAACCAAAGCCAUAUAUCAGCCCAUCUUUGCCAGCUCUUGACUGGCAGCUGCCCUCCAGUUCUGGACCAUAUAGCCUGCAGAUCGAGGUUCAGCCUAAAUCUCACCAUCGUGCUCACUAUGAAACAGAGGGAAGCAGAGGGGCCGUGAAGGCACUUGCUGGGGGACAUCCAAUUGUUCAGCUUCAUGGCUACAUGGAGAGCGAGCCUCUGACGCUGCAACUGUUCAUCGGGACUGCAGACGACCGUCUCCUGCGGCCACACGCUUUUUACCAGGUCCACCGCAUCACAGGCAAGACCGUGUCCACACCCAGCCACGAGAUCAUGCAGGCCAACACCAAAGUGUUGGAGAUUCCACUCCUGCCUGAGAGCAACAUGAGGGCCAUAAUUGACUGUGCCGGAAUUCUAAAGCUACGAAACUCAGACAUCGAGCUCCGGAAAGGCGAGACAGAUAUCGGGAGGAAGAACACACGAGUCAGGAUGGUAUUUCGGGUCCAUAUUAAUCAGCCCAAUGGCAGAACCGUGUCCCUGCAGGUUGCAUCCAACCCCAUCGAAUGCUCCCAGCGUUCUGCACAGGAGCUGCCUCUGGUGGACAGACAAAGUGUGGACAGCUGUCCUGCCACAGGGGGAGAGCACAUGCUCAUCAGUGGCCAUAACUUCCAACCUGACUCCAAGGUGGUGUUUGUGGAGAAAGGACAAGAUGGUCAUCACAUAUGGGAGAUGGAAGCCAAAGUUGAAAAGGACUCCUUUAAACCAACAGCUUUGCUUGUGGAGAUUCCAACUUACCGAAACCAAAGAAUAUCUAGCCCUGUUCUGGUGAACUUCUACAUAUGCAAUGGCAAACGGAAGCGGAGCCAGUCCCAGCGAUUCACCUACCUGCCAUGUAAUGUUCCCACCAUCAAGACAGAGCCACAUGAUGACUAUGAGCUCCCUCGCUUGUGUGCACUGCAGCACUCCCCUGGCCUCACCAAGCCGUAUUAUGCAUUACAAGCUGUGCCUGCCAUGAUGCCUUCAGAACACAGAGCCUGUGUGACAGCCGCUUAUGGCCCUCAGAGACUCACAGCAAAGCCUUCAUCCCCGUCGUGCUCCUCCUCCUCUCCCAGCACCAGCCCUAACCUGCAGGAUCUCUCACCCACGCAAUUUUCUCCUCAGUGCCUCUCUCCAGGCUCGAACCCUGGGCUUCAGCCUAGUGCCAUCCCUCACGUCUCAGCCAUCCAGCCCACGCCUGGCCGCUACCAGCAGCCUGUUCUCUACCCAUCAGGCAGUGCAUCCUCUUCUCCUGGCUCCCAUCCCUCCACCCCGAGUUCAGCACCUGAUCUCAUCUUCACUCCCAGUCACAGUUUGACCCAGUCUCCAGUCACAGGUGAGGCCACAGAGAUGCCUAAAGUCCCACUGAGGAGUGGGCCAUCUCCUCUUUUGGAGGAAGAAGGAACACCUGCUACACUGGCCAUCAGCAUCAAACAGGAACCACAAGAACUGGAUCAAAUGUAUCUAGAUGAUGUCAAUGAGAUCAUAAAGAAUGACCUGUCCAGCAUCUCUGUUCAUACCCACGCAUAGCGGCAACGGGACGUGAUUCAUACAGAAGAAAUUGACAUUUUUGAAACUUUCAAACCAGAAGAAAAACAUGCCGCCAUUUAGCCUGAUCGCAAUAACAACAUCAGCACUGCAGAGUUCAUUGCAAUUGUAAAAGCAGUCAGAUCAAAAAGACUGACUAAAAAAAGCAGACAGAAAGUGUAUGGAAUAUAUACAAUAUACUACCAAAACAAUGUGUAUGAUCUGAUGGACCAAGCCCCUGUACGGUGUUAUUUUUUUUGGCCUCUACAUUUCCUCUCAUGUGCUCUUGUAGCUCUUUAAAUUAUUACCCAAGUGCAAUUUGUUUUCCAUGAUUAUUUUAAUGUCUAAAUGUUUAAUGUAUGCAUAUGCAUAUGUCAAUACACCUUAAAAUCAAUGGUCAUAUUAUUGUUUUUAGACAGAAUGUCUAAUAUGGUAUUGAAUCAUGUUUAAAUAGCCAUUCCUUUGCUUUACAUUGGGAUUUUGUCCAGCUGUAAUGAAACAAAUAACUGGAAUUGCAUUUUUUUUAAUACAGUGCAAAAGAAUCCUAUUUAUUUUCUCUACCUUAGCUGGAAUGAAUUGUACACAGGAAAAUGAAUAGUGUGUAUUGUGGUAGUAUAAAAUGCUAAAUGGAGUGAGAAGAAAAGCCGUACAGUUUCAAAUUUUGAAAACCAAAGUGUUUUAAUCAGGUUAGGCCGUGAUCUGUUUCCAAACUCUGCACUACCUGUAUAUUCUCUGUGCCUCUGUGAGCAUUUUGUGCCUUAUGUGUAUUCAUGAAGCCACAGAUUUUCUUUUCUGCUUAAUUGCAUGUUGUCAAUAUUUUGCUGAAGAAAUUUUAUAAUCAUUUUAUCUAGCAGCUGACAGGAAAAUGUUUUUUUUGCCGUAUGUCUUUGUUUUUGUUUGUGAUAGUAUUGAUGCCAUUGUUUUGUAGGUUAUUAGCUAAUGUAUGCACUUUACUUUAUACUACUCCUUAAUGAUAUUGAGGAAAAAUGAUGACAUAAUUUUUGUAUUCUUUUUUUCAUCAAUCAGUGAAUUCAUGAAAGCAACACACCAGGAUACUGUGUUUCUUGCCAGCAUCUUGUAUCCCAAUUUUACAAUUACUACUACUACAUUUUUUGAAUUAGCAAUAGCAAAAUAUGCACAAUAAAUGCAUUUAAUAAAGCAUGAAGUCAUGUACAUCAUUCCUUUACGAUACAUCAUUAAGUGUCAGAAGUGUUCCAAGAAACAUACAGAUUUCAUUUUUGUUGUGCCUUAAAAACAAUCUAAUAGAUUUAAUGUAUUUGACACACAAUUACUGAUUAAUGCAGAUUUGACAAAUUCCUCUACUGUAUUAUGUGGCAUUCUACAUAUUUUAUCUGUGUUAAGGAUAUUCAGAGGCAUCAUGCCUUGUCAGAUUGUUGAACCAAAUAGAUUUUAUAUCGUAGGCAUUAACACUUCUGUGUUCAGUUUUCGCCGUUUUGAUCACAGAUAAGUCUAACACACUUCUAUAAAGUGCAGAUGCAACAUCUCUGGAUGGUGUUCAAAAUCCAUUUGUCUCAACAUCACAUGUUUCUGUGUUGUGCCCACUGUGCCUCCUGCAUGAGGCUAUUAAGGAUAUUCAUCAACAAAAUCUUGGAAAUGUACUGGAAAUGAACUGGAACGACUAUAUGACAUAAUUAUACAUAAGGAAUAAAACAAUGGGACUGUGUUCUUAAAAGAAAAUAAAUAAUGAUGUGGUGUGACAUGGCACAAACAGAGUUACUGCUCACACCAGGAAGGUGAAUAAAUUUUCAAAAUAAGGGUUUUAGUUCUGUCAUACUAGAGCAAUUUACUAGUUACAUUUUUAUGCAUUACAAAAUAUGUUUUUCUUAAAAUCUUACAAAGUCUAACAAAGCACUGAAACUAGAGGCUCCUAAAAUGUUAAACAUCACCACAUAGAAAAUUUUAUCAUAUCAGCUAUCACAUAUUUUAUUAUGCAUUUUACAUUACCUUGGUUGACCAAUAAACUUUUCUUAAUAAUUUAAAAAAACAAAAAGUAUUGCUUGAUUUAUUUCUCUUUGAAAUGUACAUGAAAAACUUGACACCACAAUCAAUUAAGUACAAAGAAUUUUUUAAGAGAUAUUUUUUCUUAAUUUUAAGAGAUUAAUAAAGGAAAAAAGUCUCCUGCUUACUGUAUUUUCUCUUUCUUGAGUCAUGAUAAACUAUUAAAGGUAAGCAUUCCUUGUUUUGUUGAAAAUGUAUAUGUUCGUAAAUUUAUAGAUUAGCUUGAUGCAUCAAUUGAUAUUCAUUUUAUUAUAUAAAUAUAAAAAUUCUAAGCCAUUUUAACUCUAUUAUCCACUCCAAUAACACAAGCAUUACAAUAUUACAGAUAUUUAAAAAAUGCUUAAAAUAUUGCCACUAUAUUGUGAAAAACUAAAAUGUAGAAGAAUGUUGAAAAGAAUUUAAGACUUUACGUUUGCAUUUAGUUUGCUAGAUAAGAUCUUCACUCUGUGUUGAGUGAAUUUCAUCUCACACAUACAUCUGCUGGUAAAAACAUACACAAACAAACAUGAAUGACACAAUAACAACAAACAUGUGGGGAGAAAAACAAUAGCGCCCAUCCUCAGGAGAAUGUGCCAGAUCCUCUCAUCACUACUGUGUCAUCUUGUGUACAACUAAAUCUGGUGCCAUUAUUGUGGAGCGGAGAGAAAUGUCUGGUGCCCAAAGAACCAGGAAGAAGAGAUCAGGACAAGUGCAGCCCCAGAAAAACAGCUGUUGAGCUCAGGACCUGUGCCAAGACCCCUGUGACACCUGCCAGUACAACAGGCAUGUUUUCCAUGGGUAUGAAUCCCCACUGACAGAUGCAGCCAUGGUGACAGAACCUGCCCUGACUGUGUUAUCAUUAGAGCCAUGAGCCAGAAAUAAUAGCACUAUUAGUAGCUUGCAGCAGGUUCCUUAGGCCUUCUUUUGUUCUGUUUAAUUUUAGGUUGGUUAUUAUUAUUAUUAUUAUUAUUAUUAUUAUUAUUAUUAUUAUUAGUAGUAGUAGUAGUAGUAGUAGUAGUAGUAGUAGUAGUAUUAGUAGUAGUAGUAGUAGUAUUUUCCUAAGCAAUAAUCUUGAAUGUUUAUACAGAAAAUAUUGAUCAGACUGGUAAAGUGCAUUUUGGUAGUUUUGAUAUUUUAUCUUAAAAAUGGAUAAACAAAUAUAUUGUGUUGCUGUAAAUCAACAAAGGGACAUCCAUCUAUCUAUCUAUAUAAUGCUAUAAGCCCUUAAAGAAAUCCAUC